GAGCAGCCCGGCGCGGCCGCCGCCGUGCUCCAGCGCGCGGAGGAGGAGCGGGCGAGGUCGCCGCUCGUGCAGCUGCUCGGCCUGGAGGGCGGGCUCAGGACCGAAGACGGAAGAGUGGCAGGGGCAUGCUCCACAGGGGAGACCCAUGCCAAGAAGCACCCUGCUUGCCUCCAGGGUGCCCUGGGUUUCGUGGGUUUCGAUGGUUCUGCGAUGGCAAACGCGGCGUGUCCACACCAAAAAUCAACGGACGUCCUGGGGUCUCAGGGUUGGUUUUCUCGUGGAAGGUUUCUUGUGGUCGAGCUCCUACGGUACAGUCGGUCGGUCGGUCGAAUUGCUCGCUUCGCGCCCCCGCGGGCAGCAACGGGGGCCCAGGGUGCUGCCCCGCGGCGGUUGUCCCGUGGUUGUGAUUGUUUUUGUUCCAUGCGGCUGUUUCGAGAUUGUCACUUGCUCUUGUCCAGGUGA